AUUGAACUUGCCGAGUUUCGCGAAACAUGGCAUUGUCCAACAACUGCAGCGACCCAUUUCUUGUGUUGGAUUUGCCAACUAACAGCUCCUCGAUUCACCAGGACGUGCAAGACUGGCUGUACUGGACCACCGUGGCGACGACGCCCCUCGACACCCCCCAAGACGACGCCACGUUGGAUUUUGAGAUCCUCUCGAUGCUAGCGACUCCUUUUGAAAUAUACACGUCACCUUGCACUACCCCUGUCUCGGACUCGUCUGUUGCUCACUCCGACGCCAUUGUCCCACACCAGUCCUGCAAACAACGAAGUCCGUGCGGAGUACAAGAUUGCACACGAUUGGCCCGACGCGGAAAAUUUUGCCCCAUUCAUGGAGGAACCAAGUGCUGCAAAGUCAAAGCAUGUGGAAAUGCAGCGCAAACUCAAGGCCUUUGCAAGACUCACGGCGGCGGUCCCCGAUGCCGAAAACCUGGGUGCGGCAAGAGCAGUCAAGGGGGUGGUUUAUGUCGAGCGCAUGGUGGUGGCAAGCGGUGCAAUCACGUCGGUUGUAGCAAAGGCGUCCAGCGCGGUAACAAGUGCGCGACUCACGGCGGUACACGAUUGUGCUCAGUGGAAGGAUGCGUGCGUAUGGACCGAGGAGGAAAUCUGUGCGAUAUCCAUCGCAAGGAACACAAGUGUGUCGUGACUGGGUGUAGACGAUUGAGUCAUUUGUUGGGCAAGUGCAAAUUACACCUCCGCCAACAAACCAGGCUUGCGGCUCUGGACAAGACGGGGCAGUCAUUUCUUACGCCGUUAGGAACCUGUUGAGUGUUGUCUUUUUAAAUUUUGUUUGUGCUCAGUCGCACGAACUGACGAUGCAUGAUGGAAAGGUUUUGCGAAAGUCCGUUCCAGUUCCCGGCGUAACUGAAAAUCAUUUUCCUUCAACAAUGGGCUAGAACCGAAUGCAUCAUCGACCGGGCAUCAUCGAUAUGCCCCGCAUCGUUUCGUUGCUGCACUGAUCGGACAAGUCAGAAUAAACCAGCCAACUCCCGGAAGUUUUUUGCUUCGCGUUGAAAAGCAAUUUCGUUGUGCCGUGAUGGUACUCCCUUCGUUGCAGCGGGAAAUCCUUCCAUUGUCAAGUCAGACUACCAACGACAGCGUUUACUCUAAGCGCACUGAGCAACGUCGAACGCCCCGUGUACAGUUAUACUGUGCGUACGAUGCUCGACAUCUUUGUGCAACACUAAUAACAGCAUCCACCUGCCACCUCGGUGGCUCGAACAACUCCUCCAUGUGACCUGGAACAUGGGUCGUUUGCACUUUGACUUACCCCUUGAACCUCUUGAAUAAGAUGUCAUGCAUACAUGUACUUCGAAAGUAGCUGGUAAUUGAUUUAAAUUGCCACAGCAAAAAUAUCGUGGAUAAAAAU